AAACUCCAUUUCAGGAAGUUACCAGUGCGAUAAAAAGGAGCAUAUCAAACGAUAGGAGGACUGUGUAUUGUUUAUACUUUGAGGAGAUCUAUAAAACGCCAUUAAAAUGUCGGGAUUUGACGAUAACCCAUUUGCAGAUUCGUCCAAUGUCAACCCUUUCCAAGAUCCCUCAGUUACACAAGUGACCAACUCUGGUGUAGACCACAUUGAGCAAUUUAACCCUUUCCCAGACCAUCAGACGGCUGGCCUAUCAGGGCCCACCAUUCCGGCUUCCACCACCCUUUCCCAGCCUGCCGUGCUCCAGCCGUCCACAGAGCCCGGCCCAAAGGCCACGGCGGCUGCAGCCCAGGCCAGCCUGCUGAGGCAGCAGGAGGAGCUGGAGAGGAAGGCUGCAGACCUGGAUCGCAGAGAGCAGGCACUUCAGAGCAGGGGAGCCUCCACAGGCAAAGAAAACAACUGGCCACCUCUUCCCAAGAUCUUUCCCAUCAAGCCUUGCUUCUACCAGGACUUCUCAGAGGAGAUUCCCGUGGAGUACCAGAAGGUCUGCAAGAUGAUUUACUAUCUGUGGAUGUUCCACUGCGUGACUCUGUUCCUCAACCUGCUGGCAUGUUUGGCCUACUUCACUGCGGAUUCCUCGUACGGUGUGGACUUUGGCCUGUCCAUCCUCUGGUUGAUCCUGUUCGCCCCCUGCUCCUUCCUCUGCUGGUACAGACCCGUCUACAAGGCCUUCAAGACGGACAGCUCCUUUAGUUUCUUCUUGUUCUUCUUUGUGUUCUUCUGCCAAGUGGUGUUGUUCGUCAUCCAGUCUGUGGGCAUCCCCAAGUGGGGAAACAGUGGUUGGAUCGCCUCGUUCACAAUCAUCAGCACCAACAAGGCAGUGGGAGCCAUCAUGAUCGUGGUGGCUUGCUUCUUCACCGUCUGCGCUGUGCUGUCAGUCAUCCUACUGAAGAUGGUGCACAGCCAGUACCGGCGUACCGGGGCCAGCUUCCAGAAGGCCCAGCAGGAGUUCUCCCAGGGCGUGCUCACCAACAAGUCCUUCCAGACGGCCGCCACCUCCGCAGCCUCCUCCGCCGCCUCCGGAGCUUUUCAGGGGAACAACUAGACCCAGGGCCGGGCUAACUUAACCCCCCAGAUACGCCCUUCCCCUCUUCCAUCCAUCCAACGCCCACCAACACACCACCUUUCUGGGAUGGGGAUGGAUCCCCCACAACCUGCUGUCAGCAAUCCCUUAUAGGUCAUACCAUGGAGCCUCUGUCGAAGAAACCACCAUUGACUUGACCCAGCAGUCUGUCUGCUGGGGCUUCCGUAAGGCCUGAUCUGGGAUCUGUUGUUUUUUUAAAUAUAUGAGCUGUGGUCACCUGACAGCCCCCCCCCCCCCCAAAAAAAAAGGGCACUUGAGUAGGAAAUUGUCCCCGCUGUGCUUUUUCAGAAUGGAAAGUCGAAUGAUUGCGAAAUCUUGCGAUGUUUUUCAGUAUUUGUGCACUUUUUUAUUUUUUGCAAUGUCCUCUGUUCGCAUAUGUGUCGAUGUUCUCUUUUAGGUGUGUGUGUGUGUGUGUGUGUGUGUGUGUGUCCUGGUCGUGUCAUAGAGAAGAUGGCGUGUUUGUUUGCUUUAUGCUUGUUGUCAAUUCAGUCUUUGUAUAUACCUGCUCGCAUGUCUGACUGUGUUGUAAAGUAACCACAUGUUGGGACUCCAACGCUGGUGGCUUUUCAGCAUCCUUCAAUUUCAACGCUAAUGAAGAGAAUGAGUGUUUGUGUUCCGUAGGGUGACGCCUGAAUGAAAAGCAUUCAGUUUAGUUUAGUUUAGUUUAGUGGGCACUCAGUCUAGAAGAACUAUGAUAAUCACCUAGGUUAUUAGUUACCAGGGCUACUGUAAUUAUUAAAUGCACAUUUGCCAUUAUACUUGCGCAUCACAAUCUAAUGUCCUUUUCAGAUUUACACCAUUUCGCCUUUUCAGACAGUUCUCGUCAAAACGAGGUACUUUGGUUUUCAAUCUUUUCACGUUGUAGAAAGUGCCUUCUGUGUUUGUCGUCUGCUUAUUGGCUUUGGCAAUGAGAGACUGGUGUUGUGUAAGAAUGGGUUGAAUAUAGGUCGGUUUGUCAGUAUAUACUGUCCCAUAUAACUUAAUGGGACAGUUCACCCCGAAACCAAAGUUUUGUCGUUUUCAUACCCUCAAAGUGGUCUAUUUCACAAUGUCUGUGAUAUCACUACACAUGCCUUCAAAGAAACGUGUCGGCCUCAAUCUCAAACCAAUGGGGAUCUUAGUGCAGAUAGCACGGAAUAGACUCUGCCUACAAUCUCAAACCAAUGGGGAUCUUAGUGCAGAUAGCACGGAAUAGACUCUGCCUACAAUCUCAAACCAAUGGGGAUCUUAGUGCAGAUAGCACGGAAUAGACUCUGCCUACAAUUUAAAGGCCCACUCUGUGAUAGUCACACCUUUUACGGUAUGGUGGCAUCUGGCAAACUUGGAUUUUGGCGUGGACUCCACCUUUAACCAAAGCUGUGACCUGUGCCUUGACCAAAGCCUUGACCAAAGCCUUGACCAAUGCCUGUGUGAGGUGUCACCUAUUGAGUUUGCCUCUGUUGCCAUUGGUUUCUACGGUAACCAAGCCUUAACCUUUUUUAUGGGAAAAAUGACAUGAUUGAAGGAAGAAUUGAAAGAGAAUUGAGACGAAUACCUUUUCGUAGUAUCGUGUCGACCCAUGUCGUGUUUUCUUUUCACAAUAUUCUUUCCAGUACGGUUCAGUCAACUAUGGAGGAUGAGUAACCAGGCCAGUGCACUACAGCUCAGCUUAGCUCAGUAGUGUGAAAAAGGUAUCGGUUAGACUGAAAUUCCUAAUCCUAACUACAAAUGAUUGCUUUGUUGUAUUCUAUGGAUUUGACACUGACUAAACGUGAACAAUGCGAAAUAGAUUUUUGCUCCACUUUGAUUUAAAAAAAAUUAUACUUCAGGGGGAAGUGGUUGUCGGUCAAAGCUGGAUAAGGUAGUGCUGAGUGGUUUAAAACAAAAUACAAGAAAAGUAUUUCUUAAUAACCAGGUUUCCAUCCAACUUUUUGUAUGAGUGUAAAGUAGAUGUUAGAUUAUUAUUUUUUAUAUUUUUUUAUAUCGACAGAACAAAAAAAUCUAGGCAAGGUGGGCUCUUUUUGUGUCAAUGAAAUGAAUUACGCGAGCAAUAGAGGUGAAUAAUAACCAUCAUAUUGAGAGAGAGAGAGAAAAACAACUUGGGAGUCAUGUUGUGUGGUCCUCCCACUACUGCUCGUUGAGAAAACAUGCAGUUUAUUCGGCUACAGAUGAAAUAAAUGAUGAUGAACUUCACAGGGUGGUGAAAGUGCAAGGUGAUGGGCUUGAUGCUCCUUUCCAAUAAAUAUCGAGGGUCUUAUUUUGGUGAUGCUUGGCUGCCGUUUGACAAACAUAAUCUUGCUCUUUUUGUCCAUUUUAAUAAUCUCAUCGUGUAGUGGGCUAUACCUGCACUGUAUCUGCGAGCUGUUGGCUAGAGCACACGUGCCAAAACCAGAAUGGGCACAUUCUCUAUGAAACGCAGCAUUUGCUGUGACAAUCUGUAGAGUUGAAAAUACGAUGGAAACCCAUUCCUUUUUUUUUUCUUUAAAAAGAAAAUGGGAAUUUAUCCGCAAAAGUUAUUUUUAUAUCCAAUAUGUCAUCACGCCCAGCAUUUUAUCCACAAAUCAAUUUGAUGGAAACGUAACUCCUGUGGGAAAAUGUGUGUAGGAUUGUUUUUUUGUGGAUUUUUGAAUAUUCGGAUGAAAAUCUGUCGUCAAUUGGAUGGAAACCUAGCUACUGUAACAGAAUAGAUUUUUCCCUAAGUUUCCUAGAGGAAGACCAGCACCUAAAUUAUUUGUGAAUGGGAUUGAUGUAAACUAUCUAUUUUGUCAUUUUCAUUUGUCACCUUCACAAGAGUAUGUAUUCAUUGUCUGUUUAAAUGUAACAAUUGUCCGAGAUCAACUAAGCAAAUCAAUAACUCUUAUGAAGAAUGUAAUAUUCAAGCUAAUGGUUUACUAAUGGGUAAAUAUUUAAUUUUCUGAAUCAUUGUUACUUGAUAUUGAAAUAUAUUUAGUUUUCUUAAUAUCUGUGUGAAUAUGACCAUUUGCCUGCAAUGUAUUGGGAGUGGAGAAUUAUAUAUUGCCUUUUUGUAUUUCAAUGUUAAUAGUUAACUUAGUGUCUAUCUAAUAAAAAUGGUUGCUUUAAUUGA